AUGCGUCCAGAAGCCGAUAGAGCAAAUCUCGAGAAUCGCAUUAAAAUAAAGUUACAGAUAAACCGUUUGAGGUUGGCCAAAGUGCAGCCAUUCACUCGCGUCGUUUGGGGCGCCGGAUCUUCGCGUGAGACCAAUAAACGCAUUCUUUACUUGAUCUUUCUCGUUGCUACAGAGACCGGGUCAGCCACUAGUACGGCCGUCAUUCUACUCCUCGAAUGGUAG